GGCUUCAAGCCAUCCUAUAAAUAUACCACUAACUUCACUCUCCUUUAACUUGUCCUAGAUAUCAACCACAGAACAAAAACCCUUUAAAAAUCUUCCAACACUCUUUUAAGUUUUAACUCAUGGCUUCCAUGAGAUAUCUGGCAAUCGGAAACUCCAUUUGUCCAGCCACAGUGGAGAUUUCAGAUAAGUCAGGUUGUGUAUUAGAUGGGUUUUCCUUUAGGAGUAGCAACUUUACUAGGAAGCGCAAUGUUCGAGACUUGAGGGUCAUGAGUGUUUUAACUCAUCGGUUGCCGGAAAUAGACGUUGCUCCUCCAUCAUCAAGGGAAAAACAAAGUGAUCAUGGCAACUGGAAUCAUGUUGCAUGGACAAGUGUGAGACAGGAAAGAUGGGAAGGAGAGCUGGCUGUAGAAGGAGAAAUACCAUUGUGGUUGAGUGGAACGUACCUAAGAAAUGGUCCAGGCUUGUGGCACAUAGGGGACUACAACUUCCGCCACCUAUUUGAUGGCUACGCCACUCUAGUCAAGCUCUACUUUGAAAACGGUCGAUUAAUCGCCGGCCAUCGCCAAAUUGAGUCAGAGGCCUAUAAGGCUGCAAAGAAGAACAAAAAAUUAUGUUACCGUGAAUUCUCUGAGGUUCCUAAACCUGACAAUUUCCUUUCCUAUGUUGGUGAGCUUGCAAAUUUAUUCUCAGGUGCAUCACUAACCGAUAAUGCAAACACUGGGGUUGUCAAACUCGGUGAUGGUCGUGUGGUUUGUCUAACGGAGACACAAAAAGGGUCAAUAGUCAUAGACCCGGACACAUUGGACACAUUGGGGAAAUUUGAGUACAGUGACACAUUAGGUGGUCUAAUUCACUCAGCACACCCUAUUGUGACUGACACAGAAUUCUUGACUUUGUUACCUGAUUUGGUGAUUCCGGGGUACUUGGUGGUGAGGAUGGAGCCGGGGACUAAUGAGCGGAAGGUGAUCGGGCGGGUGGAUUGCCGUGGCGGUCCGGCAGCAGGGUGGGUUCACUCUUUCCCGGUGACUGAGCACUAUGUUAUUGUGCCUGAGAUGCCACUAAGGUAUUGUGCCCGAAAUUUGCUCAAGGCCGAGCCCACUCCACUAUACAAGUUCGAAUGGCACCCUGAUUCUAAAGCGUUUAUGCAUGUCGUGUGUAAAGCUAGUGGCAAAAUUGUUGCUAGCGUGGAAGUGCCAUUAUAUGUAACAUUCCACUUCAUUAAUGCGUAUGAAGAUGAGGAUGAAGAUGGGAGGGUGACAGCGAUAAUUGCAGAUUGUUGUGAACACAAUGCUGAUGCAGCGAUUCUGGAGAAGCUCAGGUUGCAAAAUCUCCGAUCAUUCAACGGGGAAGAUGUCUUACCAGAUGCUAGGGUUGGACGGUUCAUUAUACCCUUUGAUGGGAGUUCACAUGGGAAAUUAGAGGCAGCGUUGGAUCCAAAUGAACAUGGGAGAGGCAUGGACAUGUGUAGCAUCAACCCAAAAUAUCUAGGCAAAAAAUACAGAUAUGCUUAUGCUUGCGGAGCCCAUCGCCCAUGCAACUUCCCCAACACCCUCACCAAGCUUGAUUUCUUUGGAAAGAAGGCUAAGAAUUGGUACGAGGAGGGUGCUGUGCCCUCUGAACCAUUCUUUGUGCCUAGGCCAGGGGCAACAGAGGAAGACGACGGUGUUGUAAUCUCAAUGAUUAGUCAGAAAAAUGGAGAGGGAUAUGCAUUAUUAUUGGAUGGAUCCAGCUUCAAAGAGAUUGCCAGAGCAAAAUUCCCAUAUGGUCUUCCAUACGGCUUGCACGGUUGUUGGGUUCCAAAGAAGUGAAAAUGGUUAAUUAAUUACAAGUAUCAUGCAUCCCUUACCCUUAGUCAUAAUAAAAAUGAUGCUCCCAUUCAAACUGAUCCAAAUGCAUCUCCAUGCUCAUGGAUAUGCAAUGUACACAGAUAUAAGUCUUGAUAUUAUAUUCAUAUAGUGAGUUUUUUUUUUUUUAGGCUGUAUGUUUAUAUAGUGGUUACUAGGUCAGUUGGUGUGCUUACAAUAGUAUUAAGAAGUGUGCAAGAUCAGGGCUUCUAUUUCUCAUGAUAUUUGUUUAUGUAAAUCUUAUUUUGUUUGUAGAAUGAAAUCUUACUUUGCGUUUCAAAAUUGUGUAAA